AUGGAUCUUAAAGCGGACUCGGAGGACAUGGACUACAAGCGGCCGGCUCCUAUCGAAGUUUUCGCCAGCAGGUCCACGCUGCACGGCAUCUCGCACAUGUUCACUUAUGAGCGGAUGUGUAUCAAGCGCAGUCUGUGGAUCCUGUUCUUCCUGGGCUCCCUGGGCGUGCUGGUGAUGGUGGGCGUGGACCGGGUGCAGUUCUACUUCCAGUACCCUCAUGUCACCAAGCUAGACGAGGUAGCAGCUCCGAUGAUGGUGUUCCCCUCGGUCACCUUCUGCAACCUCAACUCGUUCCGCUUCAGCCGAGUGACCCGCAACGACCUGUACCACGCUGGGGAGCUCCUUGCCUUGCUCAACGGCAGGUAUGAGAUCCGGGACCCACACCUGGUGGAGGAAAAUGUCCUGCAGAUCCUGAAGGAGAGGGCUGACUUUGACAACUAUAAGCCCCGCCCCUUCAACAUGCGUGAAUUCUACGACCGAACGGGACACGACAUCAAGGACAUGCUGCUUUCCUGCUACUACCGUGGCAUGGAGUGCAGCGCCGAGGACUUCAAAGUGAUAUUCACACGCUAUGGAAAAUGCUACACCUUUAAUUCAGGCCAAGAUGGACGACCCCUGAUGGUGACGAUGAAGGGAGGGAUGGGCAAUGGCCUGGAGCUGAUGCUAGAUAUCCAGCAGGAUGAAUACUUGCCUGUAUGGGGAGAGACGGAUGAGACGUCGUUUGAAGCAGGGAUCAAAGUUCAGAUCCACACCCAGGACGAGCCACCGUUCAUAGACCAGCUGGGCUUCGGAGUGGCACCCGGGUUUCAGACCUUUGUAUCCUGUCAGGAGCAACGGCUGACGUACCUGCCCCCGCCGUGGGGCGACUGCAAGGCCACGCCGAUGGACUCCGACUUCUUCAGCACCUACAGCAUCACGGCCUGCCGGAUCGACUGUGAGACACGCUAUCUGGUGGAGAACUGUAACUGCAGGAUGGUCCACAUGCCUGGAGAUGCCCCAUACUGCACCCCGGAGCAGUACAAAGAGUGUGCAGAUCCUGCCUUGGACUUUCUUGUGGAGAGGGAUAAUGACUACUGUGUGUGUGAGACACCCUGCAACAUGACGCGCUACGGUAAAGAGAUGUCCUUUGUCAAGAUUCCCAGCAAAGCAUCAGCAAAGUAUCUCGCCAAGAAAUUCAACAAGACAGAGCAGUACAUAGCUGAUAACAUUCUCGUGCUGGACAUCUACUUUGAGGCACUCAACUAUGAAACCAUUGAACAAAAGAAAGCCUAUGAACUGGCAGGCCUUCUGGGUGAUAUCGGAGGUCAGAUGGGUCUUUUCAUCGGAGCCAGCAUCCUCACCAUUCUCGAACUCUUUGACUAUCUAUAUGAGGUGAUCAAGUUCAAGCUGUGCCGAUGCGCAAAGAAGAAACACAAAGGCCGCAACAACAAUGACCGGGGAGCUGUGCUGAGCCUGGAUGAUGUGAAACGCCAUGCUCCUUGUGAGAACCUGCGUACACCAUCAACAUAUCCUGGCAACAUGCUACCUCAUCACCCGGGCCAGGGCAACUUUGAAGACUUCACCUGCUGAGCAGACCUGGGUGAAGUGGGUGUUAUGCAACCAAAGCCAACCAUACAACAAGAACUAUCCAACACGGGGAAAGUGAGGAACUGAGUCUAAUGGAGACACAUUUUCAAAGAAACGGAGGACGAAUCAACUUUCACCUGAGGGAGAGCGAAGAGGAUAUCCCAAAUCUAAAUCUGUCUGUUAAUUUUUCAGAGAACAUUUCAUGCAGCUCUCUAAACUCUUCUAUCUCUGUGUUUUCCUCUGGAAUACUGCCACAAAGGAUGCUCAUGGAUAACACCUUGCCAACACAGACCUCUCUUUCAAAAGACAAAAAAGAAAAGAAAAGAAAAGAAAAAACAAAUAAGGGAAAAUGUACAGUAAAUCUCACCAUACACAGGAGAUCAGAAAAAAGAGCCCCCAUGCCUUUAUAUAUCACACAGCAACACACAUGGUUUGACACAACAGCAGCCUGCUGGUGGGACAGAUACUUACACUGCUUACUCCACUGUACCUCUAGCAGCAUCUGUAACUGUGGCAGCGCUCCGUAAAACAACAGCUGGACUCUGUGUAGUUUGUUUGAGAAUGUAUCUAUGUUCACGAUGAGUGUAGUCGAGGGUGGAGGGAGGGUGGGGGGUUGUGGUGGCAGUGGUAGUGGUAGAGGUGUAUCAUCUACCUUUUAAAAUGUACUGGUGAAGAUUUCAGGUCUCAUCAUGUAAAUGCAUGCUUGUAUUUGUCCAGUGCAUGUUUUUCAUUUCAUUUCUAAUUUAGAUUUUUUUUACACACACAGACACAGACACACACACACACACACACACACACACACACACACACACACACAUAUAAAUAUUAUAAUUACCAAGUUUGCCUCAAUGAUAUACAGGAAAAGGAAGAUGAUACAUCCUAUAUAUUUCUGUGUAUGUGUGUAGCUAUGCAGUGUGUGUGUGUGUGUGUGUGUGUGUGUGUGUAUGUGUGUGUGCAUGCAUGCAGAGGGUGUGUUUGUUUUGUGAAUGAAUGAGCUGCACCUAAUUUCAUUUCUCAUCUGUUCAUUUGUUCUUUUCUACACGAGCCUGAUGAGUCAAGGCGUCUACAUCCGACUUCAUUUACUCUUAUCUCAACUCCGGAAUGAGGUGAGGUGAAUUUUUCUUUCUCUCUUUUUUUUUUCUAGCAGAGUUGAUUGCUGAAAUCCUUGGAGUUUUGUGGGGCUGUUAAAAUAAAAUUUUUCUGUAUCUGUGUUCUAGUUGCAAAAGUCUUAUCAAAGCACAAUACCGCCAGUAUGUAGAGGUGAUGUAAAAGAAAAUGUAUUAUUCUCCUUGAUAUAUUGUCAUAUUAUUAAUAUCGUGUUGAUCCGACUGUUUUUCAGUUGUUUUCUUUCUUUCAUAUAAAACAUAUUGUAAGCAUAUUGCCUGAUAAUCCUGUCUCCAUCCUCCAGGUAAUAGGCUGGUCUAUUUAGUUAUCAAAGCAUAAAUAAAAUGUAAAUAUCAUUUUGGAAAACUGUUAUUCUUCUGAGGUUUUAUUCUCAUCAGUGGAUUUCCUCUCUGAAGUCUUUAUUUAUCAUUUUGGUCCAGUCAGUAAAUAGGCAGAUGUAUUUUUCAGCUCUGUGUAAAUGUUCAUUUUUAAUCACCUGUGGCUCUCAGAAAAUCUGAUUAAGCAUUCUAUGCCUCAUCUAAGGCAUUUUACUAUCUCUGUUUCCUCCAAUCAACAUGUUAUCUUGUGUUUUGCCUCAUACAACAUUUUGUUGGAAUGAAAUCAGCAUUAAGUGGGGGGGUUUGGGGCAGGAUCCUGGUAUUAAACUAGAUAUUGCUUAUCUGCCUCAACCAUUCAUUUGUGCUGCAGUUACACCGCUGCAAGCCACAACAUUGGUAUUUUGGAGCCCCGUACUCUUGAAAUGUAAUUACAGUUUCAGCUGCUGUUUGACAAAAGGAUGGAUGAGAAAUAUCCUGCACAGCCAAUACCAGUUUUAUCAAGAUUGUCAGGCAGCAGUUCGCUCUGGACGACUCCUCUGUUCUGCUAUUGUACAUCUGCUGCUGCCAACUGACUCACUUACUGUAUAUUAGAGAAGCAGCUCUAUAGUGCAUGACUCUGUGGGAGAGCCCAGUUAUGAACCCUUAAACAUGGUCUGUCCACUGAUACCAGACAUAAGAAUUACUCUAGGAUGAGAAGUUAGUUAGUUUUGCCUUAUACUUGUUCAUUUCUUGCAGUGGGAAACCAAACACCAACAUUGUUCAUCAGAUGUGAAUGUGCAUUCUUUUUUUAUUAUUAUUCAGAGGAGAAACCUCAGCUGGUAACCACACUUUAAUAUAUGAGUGUUAAAGCUCUGGCAGGAACCAGCUCCAACAGCUGAAGAAGAUUUUUUUCCUGUUUUGAAUCUGUGAAACAUGAUUUUGCCCCCUGAUGGUUUUAUUAUUUUCUGUUGUACCUUUCAAGAAGACAAAUUAAUCAAGAAAUAAAAGAUGAUGCUGUUCAUUU